UAUUCAGCACCAACUUAUUUAUACACGAUUGAUAAGUAACCUUGACUAAAAUAUCCACACAACGCAGUAAAUAAAUCCGCUACAUCAUCACUAUCGAAUACACCUGUCUAAUCUAUCGACUCGAUUACUGGCGCUGAGUGCGCUGCACUAUUCCACCCCGUCCCUGCUCUGUCACUAGCCAGUACGCAUACGGCAGCGGCCACGUCUGAACGUUUGCCCCUCGCUCCCGAAAAUAAAAAAAAAUCAAACCGCGUCCAUAGUACCGCGAUACCGUCCGGUUUAUAGUUGUUUAGACGGGAAUAUUUUGAUACAUUUUUUAUUGAAGUAAGUGCUUGUGAUUCCAAUACUCGUGUAGUGAUGGGUGUGUAGUGGAAUGGAUAUUCGUUGAAGCGGUUGAUAAUGUCGAAGACUCUCAACGCGUAUAGAAUAAAGAAGAUCGAAUCGCUCGGCAGGAUGACGGCGAUGUCGCAGGAGGAGAUGGUCGCCGGCGCGCGCACCGUCGCCGCGGGGCUUGAAGCGCUCAGGGCAGAACACGCCCAGCUAUUGGCUGGGCUAGCGGCUACUACAGAGCAUGAACAUGAGAAGGCUGCACUGGUCAGGAAGAGCAUCGAUGCUAUCGAGCUAGGACUUGGAGAGGCACAGGUGAUGAUGGCGCUAGCCUCCCACCUUCAAUCAGUCGAGGCAGAGAAACAAAAGCUUCGCACUCAGGUCCGCCGUCUGUGUCAGGAGAAUGCCUGGCUCCGAGAUGAGCUGGCCGCCGCCCAGCAAAGACUGCAGGCUUCAGAGCAAAGAGUUGCACAACUGGAGGAAGAGAACAAGCAUUUGGACUUCAUGGCAUCCAUACGCAAAUACGACAGCGACGUGACAGAAGAAUCGGAGACAAGUCGCAGUGGACAGUCAGAGAGCAAGCGUGACGACCCCAUGGUCGAUCUGUUCCCGGAUGAUGAUCACGAUGACAAUCGUAACAACAAGUCGAUGUCCCCGACCCCGCAGUCGCAGUUCGCGCAGCAGGUGACGGCCGGCUACGAGAUCCCGGCGCGCCUGCGCACGCUGCACAACCUCGUCAUACAGUACGCCUCGCAGGGACGGUACGAGGUGGCCGUCCCCCUGUGCAAGCAGGCGCUAGAGGACUUGGAGAAGACCUCCGGACACGACCACCCCGAUGUGGCCACCAUGCUGAACAUACUGGCGCUGGUCUACAGGGACCAGAACAAGUACAAGGAGGCGGCGAACUUGCUGAACGACGCCCUCUCCAUCCGCGAGAAGACGCUCGGCGAGAACCAUCCCGCCGUCGCCGCCACGCUCAACAACCUGGCCGUGCUCUACGGGAAACGAGGCAAGUACCGCGAGGCGGAGCCGCUGUGCAAGCGCGCGCUCUGCAUCCGCGAGGCCGUGCUGGGCCGCGACCACCCCGACGUGGCCAAGCAGCUCAACAACCUCGCGCUGCUCUGUCAGAACCAGAACAAAUAUGAAGAAGUGGAGCAGUACUACCAGCGCGCGCUGGAGAUAUACGAGAGCAAGCUCGGCCCCGACGACCCCAACGUCGCCAAGACCAAGAACAACCUCGCCUCCUGCUACCUCAAACAGGGAAAAUACAAGGAGGCGGAGACGUUAUACAAGCAGGUGCUGACGCGCGCGCACGAGCGGGAGUUCGGGACCAUCGACGGCGACAACAAGCCCAUCUGGCAAGUGGCGGAGGAGCGUGAGGAGAACAAACACCUUCAGAAGGAGAACGCGCCGUACGGGGAAUAUGGCGGCUGGCAUAAAGCUGCCAAGGUGGACUCGCCGACGGUGACCACGACGCUGAAGAACCUCGGCGCGCUGUACCGGCGCCAGGGCAAGUACGAGGCGGCCGAGACGCUCGAGGACUGCGCGCUGCGCAGCAGGAAAGAGGCGUUGGACAUCGUGAAGCAGUCGCGGCGUCGCCCCGGCCGCGACGAGCCGCCGCCCGACCACCACGACGAGGGUGAGAACCCGGCGAGCGAGCCCCGCAUGAACCUAAAGUCGAAGCUGUUCAAUGCGCUAGGCAUCAACACGCCGUAGUUAGUUAGUUAGUUAAGUUAGUUUAAGUCACGCUUGGACGCGGGAGACGCUUGGCGAGGUGUAAGUUACAUAUUUACCCGACUGCGUAAAGCUAAGGAGGGUUAUGCGUUUGUAAAUGUGUUCGGUCGAUUCGGCAGGAGAAUAUUGUCUACUUAAAAGCUUCCUAAAACGUCAAAAUUGGGUCGUAAAUACAUAAAUGCGUCUCCGGGGAAAAUCAGAUAUUUUUGACCAGUUUUUUUUUCUUCGCUUGAAUUAUCCGUCGCAUCGAUCUAAUACACUAUUCACUAAUGUAAUGGUUUUGGUAAGAGCUGACUUUUGGUAGCUAUUUUGAAUGGUGAUUUUUUUUGGUAUUCAUUAAUCCAACGUAAAGAAGGAAUACUUACCGAAUAGCGCCGAAAGCCAGUAUUAUGGAAGUGGCAAAUGGUGUUUUACACAAUGUAUCAUUUUGUUACGAAAUCAAUGUUGCAAAAAUUACAGUGAUACCUUUUGUAUAGCGGACUUGAAUGUGUUAAAUAUUAGGCCAAUGAGGGCUAUCGCGCUCAAUUUCGCCGCUAUCGGCGCUAGUGUAGAUGGAGGUCUAAAGGUGCCAAUAAACUAUGUGCAAAAUUAAACAGGUUGAAAAAACGGCAAAUUUAGACGUGUAUAAUCACAACGUAUAGAUUUUAUAAAAAAGAAGAAUUUUGAGAUCUGUUUUUUCUGGACCACCAUCAACAGUGGCGCCAACUGGUGAGCAGAAAAACGCUAGCCCUCAUUCAAGUGUCACUUACACUUAAGCACUCGCUCAUUAUAAAGCAACGCCCGCGUCUCAUUUUGUCGCUCACACGUUUGAUUAUGUCGGGCGCGGAGCAUGCGCCCGCCGCCCGACACUAAAUGUGCCAUUUUCAACCAAAAGGGUACUUAUUGUCGCUUAUCGGCGCUAUUUCCAUAUAGCUUCAAUUAGAAAUCAACCUUAUCGACAUGCGACAAUGUGGUACCUUUUUGUUGAAAACGUCACAAAUAAACUGUGCCAGCACUUCUACUAGCUUAGAUCUAUUUAUGUUAGCAUGCUUAAGAAUAAUUUUUUGAAACAAAUCGAAAAAAAAAGAUAUAAAAACAUGUAAUAAGAGAGAUUUUAUCGAAGAUGAACCGUCCGGAGUAUUGCAAAUUUAUUAUUUAAGGUGCGGAUUUUAACAAAUUUUAUAAUUAUGACUUAUAGUCGCGGUUCUAAACUUACCCAAAUUUUUAUUUUCUCGUAAGUUUCGACCGCAAUUUACCAACAUAAUUAGGUUGAAAUUGCAUUUAUAUAAUUGUGGUGUGUAAUCAAUAUUAUAAUUAACAACGAUUUUAUUUUUUUUCACUUUCGAUUUUAAUUUGCUGAUACUUUAAUCCAGUGCUCUUUGAAGAAGAACGCAUGGUUGUGUUAUUUUGUGAACGUUUUAUUUAUUUUAUUGUUUGCGAUGCAGAAUCAAAAUGGAUACCUAUUUAAAUUAUCAGUUUUAAUAAAUAAUGCUUACAUAAUGUCAUUCCAAUGUUAGUGUGUAGCGGUCUAAGCUUUAUGUGAGAGUAAGUGAUAUAGUAUAAUAUUUUUAUAUACAUUGAAAUGUUUCUAUUUGUAUGUGGGUGCUGCUUGUGAAUGCAAUUUUUUACUCUAUGUACACUAGAUAUAUUUUACAAGAGACAUGUGCAGAUUUAAUACAAUUCUAAAUACCAGGAAUCUCUAGUAGUACAUUGGCGCUGUCACAAUAAUUGAAAUUAUUGUUUUUUUUUAUGUCUCAAUAUCACAUCGAUCUUAAUUUUGGUAAUUUUUAAAUUGUUAAUAAAUAUUUAUGUAACA